AUGGACACAGAAGCACAUAGCUCAAUUCCACAGACCCACCACAGAAAAGGUGGUUGGAUCACUUUUCCCUUUAUUACAGCAACCAUGGCAGGCUUGACACUAUCGGCAGCAGGAUGGGUUAACAACCUUAUAGUUUACCUGAUUACUGAAUUCAACGUCAAAAGUAUUGAUGCUGCCCAAAUCUUUAAUGUAGUGAAUGGUUGCAUGGCACUGUUUCCUGUCCUUGGAGCUGUAAUUGCUGAUUCUUUCGUAGGCUGUUUCUCAGUCAUAUGGGUUUCUUCUAUCAUCAACUUACUGGGCAUUGUCCUAUUUACUUUUACUGCGGCACUCAGCAUACUGAGACCCAAACCGUGCAGCGACUCCAGCUUAUGCGAAGGUCCAUCAGAAUUCCAGUAUGCAAUCUUGAUUUUGGCUAUGGGACUGGGAUCAAUAGGGGCUGCAGGCACUCGUUUCACCAUGGGAACAAUGGGUGCCAAUCAAUUGGACAAUCCAAAGCAUCAAGAAAAUUUCUUUAAUUGGUUUCUUUUCACUUGGAACACUGCUUCAAUUAUAGCUGCAACUGCAAUUGUCUAUGUCCAAGAUGAUGUGAGUUGGGCAUGGGGGUUUGGCAUAUGUGUCGCAGCUAAUGUGCUUGGGUUAAUCAUUUUCGUGGCUGGAAGGCGCUUUUAUCGUAAUGUCAAGCCACAGGGGAGUCCAUUUAAAAGUCUGGCUUGUGUAAUUAUUGCAGCAAUUUCCAAGAGGAAGCUCCAAUUAUCGGCUAAAGCUCAAGAUUAUCAUAAUGAGAUUAUUGGUGAUGAAGGCAAACAACCGGUUGCAGCAGCACCUACUGAAUCCUUCAAGUUCCUGAAUCGUGGUGCACUAGUAACCCAAUCAGACACAGAACAAUAUGGAUCAAUCAAGAAAUCAUGGAAGUUAUGCACAGUUCAGCAAGUUGAAGAUCUCAAAACCUUAAUAAGAAUCAUCCCACUCUGGAUAAGUGGCAUCUUUUUAAGUACCCCAAUUGGGAUUCAGGCAAGCUUAACGAUUGUUCAGGCUCUAACCAUGGACCGUCACAUAGGACCAAACUUCAAAAUCCCAUCAGCAUCCAUAAUGGUCUUUGUACUCAUUUCUGGAGCCGUUUCUCUCCCCAUAAUUGACCGAUUACUCUGUCCCAUUUGGGAGAAAGUCCUCCGCCGACCCCUCACACCCCUCCAAAGACUCGGCAUUGGCCAUUUACUGAAUGUGCUAAGCAUGGCCAUCUCAGCUUUGGUAGAAGCAAAAAGGCUUCAGAUAACUAAAGCUCAUAAUUUGCAAGAUUUCCCCGUUUCUGUGGUGCCCAUGUCGAUUUUGUGGCUGGUUCCGCAGCUUAUUGCUGUGGGGAUGGGAGAAGCAUUUCAUUUUCCGGGUCAAGCUUCAUUGUAUUACCAAGAAUUUCCUGCAUCGCUGAAGAGCACGUCAACUGCCCUGGUUGCAAUGCUUAUUGGAAUUGCAUUCUACCUGAGCUCCGCCUUCAUCGAUCUCUUCAGGAGAAUGACUAAUUGGUUACCUGACAACAUUAAUCAGGGAAGGCUAGACAAUGUGUAUUGGGUGCUGGUUGUGAUUGGUGGGGUGAAUUUUGUUUACUAUCUUGUCUGUGCUUCGUUGUAUAGGUACCAGAAUAGCCUGCCUAGAAACAAUGGGUAA